GAGGAGCAGCAGGGUUUUUAAAUCCUCCACGCUCUCCGCGUCCAACUCCGCGGCGGUGCGCCGAUGUUUGUCGUUGUGGAAACUGGAUUUAAAACGGGGCUGCGUUGAACACACUCCCCGUGCUCUUGGACUCUAUUCUGGUGACUGAGAUGGCAAAAGGGAAGAAACGCUUCCAGAGAACCGACGUAAAGCCCGAGGACACCGUUGAACACAAAGUCACAUCGCGGGAGGGGACAAAGGAAAACGAACCAGCGACUGACAAGGAUUGUAUAGGCAAGGUACACAAAAUUUUCCAGAGUCUACGGAGUCCAAGCAAACCUAGGUCCCCUCUGAGCGACAGUUCAAGCAUGCUGAUCCAGGAAGGAAAUGAAUCUGAUGCAGCUAAUCCUGAUGUGUCAAAACUGAAAAAAGACAUACCUAAAGAAAUGAAAUGUGAGAGCAGCGAGUCCAAAGAGCAGAAGCCUGAAAUUCCUUGUCGCAGUCAUGGGAUCAGAGAGCAAUGUACUGACCAGCCUGAUCAAAAGGAGCCCACCACUUACACAAAUCAGGUCAAGUCUGCAGCAGAUGUCAAAGUUACGGCGUCCAAACCUCGGAGUAGAACUGGUCACAAACUCGGAGCAAAAAAGGUGGAAAAUAAAGCUCCACAAAACAGGAAGGUCACAGACUAUUAUCCCAUCAGACGGAGUAACAGAAAAACUAUGGCAGAAUUAAAGAGUGAAGAACACAGACACAUUGAUGACCUGAUAAAGAAUGGCACCGAAGAAGGAAUGCAGGUCAAACACAUGGAGGGGAAAGGAAGAGGGGUGUUUGCUGUCAAGGACUUCAAAAAAGGAGAGUUUGUUGUGGAGUACCACGGAGACCUACUGGAACUAGCUGAGGCUAAAACAAGAGAAGCCCAGUAUGGUCUGGAUCCCCAAACGGGCUGUUACAUGUAUUACUUCCAGUUUCAAUCCAAAACGUACUGUGUAGAUGCAACAAAGGAAACGAGUCGUCUUGGACGGCUGAUUAACCACAGUAAAAUUGGCAACUGCCAGACUCGGCUUCACGCCAUCGAUGGAGCCCCUCAUCUGAUCUUGGUUGCUUCCAGAGACAUCAAAGCAGAGGAGGAGCUGCUGUACGACUAUGGUGAUCGGAGUAAAUCCUCCAUCUUGGCUCACCCAUGGCUCAAACACUGAAACCUCAGACCACAAGUGUUUGUAUGCGAGAUGAAUUGGUGCUCCCUGCUGUCCUGUUUGUAAAAGAUGCUAUAGACGAACAGUCCCUCCACAUACUUUUUUAUCAAGUAUAAAAAAAAGAUUGUUUUAAAACGGAGGCUUAAGCUUCGAAUUAUGAAACAUGUAUUUUUGCAACAACUGUUUUUAACAAUUUUUUAUAUUUUUCUUUUUAAGCAUGAAGAGUAUUUCUCCUGGAUAAGUAGUUUCCCUUUUUGUACGGAAUAUAAUUCUGACCAUUCAAUUAUGCAAUUGUAAAUUAUUACCUGUGCUGUAAAUUGAGGAAUAAACUGUUGAGUUCUCA